UUGAAAUUUGAUGCUGUCUACGCAGCGCCAACUUUUGAAAUAAAGCGAUAUUUCAAAACGUCCCUUAAUGGGACACCAGAAAUAACAGGCGUGCGAUUCAAAAUCUCUUUUGAAAUAAUGGGCUGCUUAAAAUACACAAAAUAGCUAUUUUGGGAUAGGCUACAUCUAUGCUGCAGAGCUAUGGGUACAGCUGCACUGAUUACUGAGUCCAGGCUAUUUCAAGUGACCAAAGAACUUGCAUCUGAGACUGUGAAAAGUAUCACGUUUACACCGUUUCUGAGAAUGAAACUUGAUCAGAAGCAGAUUCCUUCCUGCCAUUGGUUAAGUAAUAAAGGCAUGUGUUGGCCAGUCUCAGCCCUGAGUCACCAUGGCAGUAUAUUUAUAAUUUCUCUUGGGAAGUAAUUUUAAAGAAAAAAUCUGUCUCCUAGCCAUGAAUGAAAUGCUGCCAUCUGCAGAUCUUCAGUCAACAGGAGAUACUAAAAAUAGGCAGCGGGAUUUAUUUAACAGCCAGAUUGUGAUUAGAUGAGUGAGGUAAUACCUUUUAUUGGACCUUACAUAGUACUCUGAAUAAGAUGAGAAGCUUCUCUCUCUGGCUACGUCUACACUGCAGGUUUUUUGUGCAAGAAACUUUUUGUGGAAGAGAUCUUCUGCAAAAAGUUCUUGCACAAAAGUGCGUCCACAUCUCAAAAGCGACGCACUUUUGCGUAAGAGAGCGUCCACACUAUCGUGCCAAGGGUACCAGGUCCAUCCAUCGCCAUGCAUCCGCUUUCACAUAUAAAGCCCCCCUGAACCAGUUCUAGCUUGGCUAGAGAUCACCAGUUGCUCUCGAGUGGUGUUGCCAGAGCCCAGCAGAGACACGCACUUAAAGGGACCCUCCUGGACAGCUGUUUCUCUGUUUCUGCUGCCUGUUUGCAGACCUCUCUUGAGUGACAGCAAAGCUUCAGCAGUGCCUGCAGUGGUUGCCCUCUUCUUUUGGGGGACUCCACAGCUUUUUGCUUUGCUGUGUGCCAUGGAGCCAGAGCUGCCCCUGGGCAGGUGACAGCCCCACAUGGCCAUGCUGCAGUUCCUACAGCACUUGCUUCCAGUUGCCUACAUAUUAAUGCUGGACAUGGACUCAGGACUCCUCGUUACCCUCUGCAUGGUUGCGGCUGCUCCAGUCUGGCUGCUACACCCCACCAUAUACAGAAGGUUCUGGAGGUUGGAGACUAGUUCGGACUGGUGGGACCAGCUCGUCAUGGAGCAGUGGGAUGACCAGCCCUGGCUGCACAACUUUAGAAUGCAUGAGGCCACCUUCUUUGAGCUCUGUGCCUGUCUCACUCCUGUCCUCCAGAGACGCGACACCCACCGGUGGUCUGUCAUUCACCUGCAGAAGCGGGUCGCAAUUGCCCUCUGGAAGUUGGCCACCCCAGACAGCUACCGCCCAGUGGCCAACCAGUUUGGGGUGGGGAAGUCCAUCACUGGGGCCCAGUUUAUGCAGGUUGUCACUGCCAUUAACUCCCUGCUGCUGUGCAGAGUCGUCUAUCUCCAGGACCUGGAGGCAACUAUGGUCGGAUUUGCUGCUCUGGGGUUCCUCAACUGUGGGGGAGCCAUUGAUGGCAUGCACAUCCCCAUCCAGGCUGGACCAUCAACCAGUUUAUUAAUAGAAAGGGCUACUUCUCAGUAGUCCUGCAGGCUCUGGUGCACUACUGGGGCCAUGUUACAAACAUUCACGUGGGGUGGUCGGGAAGGGCAUGCGAUACCCAAGUUUUCAGGAAUUCUAGCCUGCGCACCAAGCUGGAGGUGGGCACCUUUUCCCCCUGCCAGGACUUUGCGGUGGGUGAGCACAACAUGCUAGUGUGCAUAGUGGGGGAUGCGGCAUACCCACUCAUGCCCUGGCUGAUGAAGUCCUAUACCAGCCACCUGGAUCCCAGCAAGGAUCUUUUCAAUGCCCACUUUAACCGAGCCCAAAUGCCUUUGGGCACUUCAAGGGACACUUCUGCAGCUUCCUCACCCACCUGGUUGUCAGGGAGCACAAUAUCACCAAGGCGGUGGCUGUGUGCUGUGUGCUUCACAAUAUGGUGGAACAGAACCGGGGAGGCCUUCCUCCCAGGGUAGGGGCCAGCCCCCAGCUGUGAGGGCCAUGCAUGUGAGCAGCCCUAGACUGCUGCCAUUCGCCAGGCCCAUCAGGCUGGUGUGCAUAUCCAGGAGGCCCUAAGGGAAAGGUUCUCUCAGGCCCCCCAGUAACUCUCACCAGGGCCUCGCCAACAGGGGCCUCUGCCUUUCUGCUCUCUCCCUGUUCCUUCUCACCCCCUCCCCUUGCCCCUUUCCUGGCCUCCCAAUAAACACAUCUGUUUGGUUUGAACAAAAAAGGAGCGCUUCUUUAUUGAACAUGAGGAGAA